AAUUUGUGUCCCCAAAAUGGCGAACUUAGCCGCUGCUGCUGCGGCUGCAGCCGCCGCCGCAGUCUCCGCGAAUAGAGACCCGGCCGUUGAUCGUUCUUUGCGGUCGGUGUUUGUGGGGAACAUCCCGUAUGAAGCUACAGAGGAGCAGCUGAAAGACAUCUUUUCUGAAGUGGGACUUGUUGUCAGCUUCAGGUUGGUAUAUGACAGGGAGACGGGAAAGCCAAAGGGAUAUGGUUUCUGUGAAUACCAAGACCAGGAGACGGCCCUCAGUGCCAUGCGGAACCUGAACGGGAGGGAGUUCAGCGGCCGGGCCCUCCGUGUUGACAACGCAGCCAGUGAGAAAAACAAGGAAGAGCUCAAAAGUUUGGGAACGGGAGCCCCCAUUAUCGAGUCUCCUUAUGGAGAUAACAUCCAACCACAGGAAGCCCCAGAGUCCAUCAGCAGAGCUGUGGCCAGUCUUCCACCCGAGCAGAUGUUUGAACUGAUGAAACAGAUGAAGCUGUGUGUGCAGAACAGUCCCCAGGAGGCGAGGAACAUGCUGCUGCAGAACCCUCAGCUGGCGUAUGCUCUGUUGCAGGCCCAAGUGGUCAUGCGGAUUGUGGACCCCGAGAUAGCCUUGAAAAUGCUCCACCGUCAAACGCCCGUCCAGCCUCUGAUUUCCAGCGGGCAGGUUGGAGGAGCGCCGCCGCUCAACCCGCCGUCGGCUCCACCCAGCGCGCCGGUGUCUCAGCCGCAGCCUGUGUCUGGAAUGCAUAUCAACGGAGCGCCUCAAAUGAUGCAGCCCCCCAACACAGGUGUUGUUCCUGGACCAAUGCCUGUUCCAGGACCGGGACCAGGACAAGGACCGGCACCAGGACCAGCCGGGCCUCCAGGAAACCUUCAGCAUUCUCCCACAGGAUCGUCUGGCCAAGCUGCUAUCGAACGGCCUCAAGGACCAGGCGGUAUCCCCCCCAGAGGCCUGCUGGGAGACGGGCCUAAUGAUCCCAGAGGAGGAACUCUGCUGUCCGUCACAGGAGAGGUCAUAGAGCCCAGUCGGGGUUACAUGGCAGCUCCACCGCCCCACCAAGCCCAAAUGCCAAGUGGACCCCCUCCGGAUAUGAGAGGCCCUCCCAUGGACAUGAGAGGCCAACCCAUGGGUGAACAACGCAACAUGAUGGGUGACCCCAGAGGGCCCUCUAUGAUGGAGCCACGUGGACCCCCGAUGGAAACCAGAGGUCGUGACCCGAGGGCGAUGGACACACGCGGGCCAGUGGCGGGUCAGAGAGUUCCCGCUCCUCAUAGCAUGGGUCAAAACGCGCCUCCACCUGCUCGACCGGGUCCUGGGAGCUCUGGCGCUCCUCCGUCAGGAGGAUUCAGCCCGGGGCAGAGCCAGGUCUCCACCCAGGACCAGGAGAAGGCUGCCCUGAUUAUGCAGGUCCUGCAGCUGACCCCAGAACAGAUCGCCAUGUUGCCCCCGGAGCAGCGGCAGAGCAUCCUCAUCCUCAAAGAGCAGAUUCAGAAGACUGCUGGAGGGGCACCUUGAUGGUCCGACUGGGAAUAAAGACUCGACCUGCUCCACCUCGCUGACCGACACCUUCAGCUCCAACCGGUCUGCAGACAUCUCAUCUUAGUUUUGACUGUUGUAUAGUUGUUGUUUUUUUACUUCUAUUGUCUGUUUUCUUUAUGAAAGAGCCACCAGGUUUUUACUUGUGGAUUUAAAAACAAGUGAUACAUCUGAGUGGAUUAUGAAUGCUGAACAGAUGAAGACCAAGAUUGACAGUCAUGAGGUUUCAUCUUUUUUCCUCCAGAGCCGACUGUUUUCAUGUUAUCAGCUCUAGAAAGUGUCUGGUUGUUGUUUUGUCAAUAAAAACCCCAAAAUAC